UUGUAUUCUCUAGCAAAAAUGGCGUCGAUCUUAAGUGCAGAUAAAGCAUACUUUAGGUUCAUCAUACUCUUCUUCAACUGCUUAUUGACAUUUGGAUCCUACUUUUGUUUUGAUAUGCCCAGUGUUCUCCAGUCACAGUUUCAAGGGAAUUUCACCUGUGAGAAAGACAACAAGACAGAAGUGAAUAGUACCAAUACUACCUGUUGUGUAGACUGUCUAGGGAUGAACCCAGACGAGUACAAUUUACUCUAUGCUAUCUAUGCAUGGACGAAUGCUAUUGUUGUGAUUGCAGCAGGAUUUCUCGUGGAUAAAUUGGGAAAUAGAUUGGGAAUAUUUCUCUUCUCAUCCUUUUGUGUGCUGGGAUCAUCAAUAUUUGCCCUGGGAGCGAUGUUUCCUGGGACAUCAGUUUUACUGCCUAUCAUGUUGCUUGGUCGACUUUUGUUUGGUGCAGGAAAUGGCUCCCUCACAAUUGUCCAGAACCGUAUUACAGCCUUCUGGUUCAAAGGAAAGGAACUUGCUUUGGCAUUUGGCAUUACCCUGGCAUUUUCAAGACUAGGGAGUGUGCUGAAUUUCUUCACCACAGGAAACAUGUAUGCUGAGUAUGGUCUUUCAUGGACUCUCUGGAUAGGAGCUAUGUUAUGUGCUAUUGGAUUUUUCUCUGGAAUUGCUGUAAGUUUUUUAGACAUAAUGGGAAUUAAUCAGCUAGGGCGAAGUUCAGUUUUGGCACUUGAAUCAAAAAAAUUGCAUAUAACAGACAUUCGAUUCUUCUCACUUUCCUACUGGCUCCUGGCCAUCACAAUCAUGUUUUUCUACAAUGGGGUUUUUCCCUUUGUUGCUGAUGCAAGCAAGUUUAUUCAAGACAAAUAUGGGUAUGACCCCAAAUCAGCAUCCUAUGUGGCAGGAGCAGUGUAUGAUGUAUCGAUGAUUAUGUCACCAUUUCUUGGAGGAAUUAUAGAUGUCGUUGGGAAACGAGGAGUUAUGGCAGUUUUGUGUGCAGUCCUUACUAUUCCUGUUUUUGGACUUCUUGCCUUUACUAAUGUUUAUCCACUCGUGUCAACACUGUGGUUAGGUGUUACUUACUCAGUUGCAGCAGCAAGCUUAUGGCCAUCCAUUCCUUUAGUUGUUUCAAGAGCAACAAUUGGUACAGCUAUGGGAUUAACCACCUCUAUCCAGAUGAUAGGGAUAGGUAUUUCUAAUCUUUUGGUUGGGGUUAUUCUUGGAAAGAAUCAAGGGCACCUUCCCCAAUUGCUGGCUAUCUGGGGAGACUUGUCCUUCUCCUCCUUUCUUCCUCUAACUUCAAGUUCUCCCAGUAGAUUUGUGGGAGGAGUUCUUAAUCUGAGUAAGAAACAGAUGAAUCUGUUGCUACGUCGUUACGAAGAGGAAACUGAUGAAAGACCAUCAUCUGAUGUUACCUAUGAACAGACUGACCCAUCUGUCAUUCCUAACCCAGACUCUUCAGAUCAGGAUGCACUUAUAACAUAA